UCAGUGAACCACUUAGAGUCUGCAAUCCACCAAAUGUUAGUAAAGCAUCCACUGUCAGUGAUUCACCAGUUUUCAGCGAUCCAGCCACUAUCAGUACAACACACACAGUCAGUGAUCAAACCACAUUCAGUGAUCAACCCACAGUCAGUGAUCCAUCCACAGUCAGUGAACCAUCCACAGUCAGUGAACCAUCCACAGUCAGUGAACCAUCAACAGUCAGUGAUCCAUCCAGAGUCAGUGAUCCACCCACAGUCAGUGAUCCACCUUUAG